AUGGAAAGUGAUAACAAAGAGAACGUUGAGCAUGACGGUGUUGUUGCUUCGGAUGGAGAACAAUUUCCGUCAACAAGCUCGGGGGAGGCAGAGAGCAGCUCCUCCUCAUCCUCGGAGUUUGAGGAGGGAACAGCAUCGCCACUACCCAAUAAGCGUUCUCGUGCAACGACACUUUCGAACUGGGUGGCCGAAAUGCUUCGGGAGCGAGGCAUACGCCUAUUAGUAUAUCUGGACGACUACCUCCUGGCUUGUCAGGACAGAUCCAAGCUAAUGACACAGGUUGCGGAAACACUGGUCUUCUUGGAAUACUUAGGCGGUCCCUCGAGGACGGCUUCACUGUCACAGAGCACAGCUCUUCCUGAGAAGAUUUACUCGGAGAGGACAGAGGAGACAAUUAUGCCCCAGAAUGCGAAAGUACCUGCGGUGGUGGUUGGAUGCAGUGGAGGGCAGUCCAACCCCACUACACAAAAGGCGAAGACCGUCGCGUGGCCCUUGAAAGCUAACUGCGAGAUUCGUCAAGAUGUUUCAGUCAAAGUUUACCUGACUACACGCUCGUACGAUGCGGUAAAGAAGGGAAAAGUGUUA